UCACACACACAGAGUGCCAUCAGACAGGAACAGGAAGAAACAACCAUCUCAGGACAAGACUGUGAGGAGAGAGAGAGGGAGACAAACAGUGACAGACCACCACUUUAAAAACAAAGAGUUGUCAAGCCAGAUUUCAGUCUGGGAUCUGACGUUUUCAACAGGAGCAUCAGCUGGGAUAAUAACACAAACAAGAUAGCUCAACUCCUGGCUUUCCAGAUACUCGGUUCUUGCAACACCGCAAAUGGAUUCCCGAUCCGAAUCUCCAGGUUUAGCAGGAUUGCGGAAGGCUGUAGGGGAUUUCCUUGAUUCAUUGGAUGAAACGCUAACCACUGAUUCCCAGCAGCUGCCCAACAAAGCUCCACAGCUCAUUCAGAGGAUGAACUAUUUGCACUUUCAGCCAAUGCCAGGCAACUCAUCACUUCUUGAGCAGUUGAUCAAGAAACUGGAGGAAUGUAAAAGGGAAGUCUGCAAACAUCUUGAAAAUACAAAGCUGAAGGGACCCAGCAGAACCUUGCACAUGUCGAAAGUGCUUGAGAUGAUCUGGGAGGAGAAGAGGUCCUUGAUGAAGAUGAAGGCUGAAUGUAAAGACAUAUCUGUGAUGCGAGCUGUCCUGGGGACAAUGCAGCUUCAGGUGAAAGAGAAAAAUGAAGAGAUUGCCCGGCUGAGGAGACUGAGCGUUGUCCAGCUGUGGGAACGGGAGAAAAAAAAAGUAAUGUCUGAAGCUUUGGAAAGGGAGCGGGUGUUGAAAGAAGAGACUCAGGAUCAAAAGGUUCAAUGGAUGGAACUUAAAGAGAAGCUGAUAAAGAAGCUGAAGAUACAAGAGGAGGAGAUUAAAAAGUUGCGUUUGAAAGAGAAAGUUUUUGCAAAGUCUCUUUCUCAUCUGGAAACCCAGGACCUGAAGGAAGAGUUGAGGUCUCUAAAGCAACAAUUACUCCAAACAGAGAAAGAUUUACACAAGUCCCAGUGUGAAAUUCUGAGGCAGCAGCAACUCACCACAAUGUUCCUCACAAGUUUGAAAACUGAAUUACAGAAUGCAGCUAUCCAGCAGAAUGUUGGAUAUUAUGUGCCAUCUGCUGACUUUUACCACAUCUGCAAUCAACUGGAUAUCAUUGUCCAAGCUACGCGUGACGGAUCUCUGAGCACACUGCCUGCAGACUCAGCUAUUCGCAGAUUCCCUCAGGAUGUUCCUGUUUUGUUCACGGAAUCUGCACCCUCUCCAUGCCAUGAACAAGUGCUAAAUGACCAAGAGGAACCAGAAAAACUCAAAGGAAUGCCCAAUGUCUCUGUAAACCAAACAGCUUCAGCUACUGGGAAGAAGGCCAAGAAAGGAAGGAGAAGGUUAAAGGCCAGAUUAAUCCAUAAGACUGUUAACCAAACAGAUUUAACAGAAUCUCAUACCAAAUCUAUGACCCCACCACAUGAUGGUCUACCAUUUUCCUCAUCCUCAUCAGACCAGGGAAAACCGACCACUGGGGACGAAAACCAAUCAAACUCUAAAGGAAAGGGUCAACUGAGUCCUCCUCAUGAUGUAAGGCAUGUGAUUUGAAAUGUAAGCCUAAAUCCCAAGUAUCAGCUGAUAUUCCUUUACAUAAUAACCAUUGAUUUACAGUAACUGUGCCUAGUUCUGUCCUCCAUUCCCAACUUUUCCAUGCCACAUUUAUGAUCCCCACAAGCUUUUUCCUACCUCUCUACUCCUCAUCCUAUCAAUCUAUCUUUCCAGUCUGUACUCCCUCCAGAUUCUUCUUAAUGUGUUUUGUGUUAUUAACUUCAAGCACUCUCUGAGGCAAUGAAAUCCACUUUCUCACCACCCUCUGAAAGAAGCCACUUCUCCUGAAUCUCCAACUGCUCUGUAAAUUAUACUGCAGCUCUGUAGACCCCUGGUUGGACCACACUUGGAAUAUUGAGUUCAGGGUGUAGGUUUGC